GGAGAGAGGUAGAAUGCAUAACUGAGGUUGCAUGCGUUAAUUGUCGUUUUCUACAGAUUAUAAAGUGAAGUGGGAAUGUAAAUCUCGGGGAAUUAACCGCGAUUUUACAAUCUUUUGACCGGGCGGUGUGAGCGUGAAGGCAUGAGUUUAAUCUGGCCAACAAUGAAGAGAGGUACAGAACGGCACCAAAAAUCUGACCUCAAUUUGAGUGAAUAAGGCUGGAGAGAGAGAGAGAGAGAAAGAGAGAGAGCGAGAGAGAGAGGGUGAAGCAAACGAGGGCACUGAAGGGGGGAAAUUGAGAUUUAGUGCAGUGGUGGGUUCAACCAUCCACCCCCUCAAACGACGGGGGAAAGUGAAAGGCUACAGAGUGCCGAGUGAAAAAAAGUAGACAAAGCCGAACGGAGUUAUAACGAGUCGUCUUUUUCUACGAUGACCACAGAGACGGGGUGUCUAGUCCACUACCAUAACGUCUGAUAUUACCGUCUGAGAGGCUGCUGGCAGCGCAACAGGGGAAACGCAAUGUCUCGCUCUGAAGAGAUCAACAAGAUGACUGAGAACGUAUACAAGGGGAUUCUGGACCAGUUCAAUCCCAGUCUGAAGAACUUUGUUGCCAUGGGGAAGCAUUAUGAAAAGGCCCUUGCAGGAGUGACGGUGGCUGCCAAGGGCUACUUUGAUGCACUGGUCAAACUAGGGGAACUGGCCAGCGACAGCCAGGGAUCAAAGGAGCUGGGUGAUACACUGUUCCAAAUGGCAGAAGUGCACAGGCAGAUCCAGGUCCAGCUGGAGGAUGUGCUGAAGCUCUUUCAUUCGGAACUCCUCACUCAGCUGGAGCAGAAGUUAGACUUGGACAUCAAAUACUUGACCGCGACACUGAAGAAGUACCAGAGCGAGAGGAAGUCCAAGGCGGAGUCCAUCGAGCGCUGCCAAUCCCAGCUGAAGAAACUGCGCAGGAAGAGUCAAGGAAGCAGACACCCCAACAAAUAUGGAGACCGAGAGAUGCAGUAUGUUGAGCUGAUGAGCAGACGACAGGGGGAGCUGGACACGCUGGUUGCCGUGGGUUACCGCUCGGCCCUGACGGAGGAGCGACGGAGGUACUGCUUCCUGGUGGAUCGGCAGUGUGCCGUCACCAAGCUGCUCAUCAACUACCACUGUAAGGUGAGGGAGCUCCUCUCUCAGAAACUGUCAUCAUGGCAACAGUCGUGUUCUCAGCCCACGAAGCUACCAGAGAGAGCGCUGAACCUGCUCCGCCACACCGUCCCACAGACCUCAGGGGCUUCUGGGAUAGCGGAGGUCCUCCGGCAUGCCAAGCUAGGGUCAGGACAACCAGGGGAACAGAGGCUGUCUGUGCAGGAGGUCCCACCUUUACUCAAUGGCGAUCGCUCUCAGCAACAGCGCACCGCCCAGUCCUCCCAGAGCGAGAGUCCGUCCCAGACCUCCCCGGGGCCCCAGAGCUUCCGAGCACUGACCGCCGCCGUGACCGGCAGCUCCCCUCUUCACACUUCCCCAAGCAGCAGCAACGGCAGCACCACCACCGCCAGCACCAGCAGCUCUGGAGGACCCGCGCUAUCCCAGCAUGCACCUCUGUACGUCACCACCUCCAGCAGCUCAGGCCUGCCGUGCCCGCUGGCGUCUAUGCCCCCCAUCUAUGCCACCCUGAGCCCCGGGCCUCCGUCCUCACACAGCAGUCCGAUGCAAGGCCUCACUUCUGCUCCCCACAGUCCUCCACUGCCCCAUAGUGCACCUCUCUCCAGGGCCAUGACCCCCGUGCCCUCUGGGCACAUGGGCAUGGGCAGCUCUCUGCCCAUUGGUCACCCCCAGAUGAUGAAGGCCACAGAGGUGUACGCCACCUCAACACUGCCUCUACCCAGAAGACCCAUGAGUGAAGCACGAAUAGGAGGUGUGGGCUCUACUCUUCCUCGAGUGCUUCCUCUGUCUCCACCAACCCGAGUAGAGGCCCAGUUUUCCCACGCUCCCUCCACCUCUAUUGGAGGAGGAGUGGGAGGAGGUGGAGGAGGAGGAGGAGGAGGAGGUGGUGGUGGGGGGUCAUGUCUGCUGCCCUUCCUCCCAGGAGACAUCCUCAUCCUCCUCAUCAGUGAGCCCAGGGACGGCUGGCACUAUGGCCAGAAUGAGCGGACAGGACGGAAAGGCUGGUUUCCUUUCUCUUACACUCAACCUUUCCCCAGCUCAGCGGAUCAGCAGGAGCCAAGCUCUCUUCUGCUGUCCAAGGUCAACAGCACCAGCACGGGGCAGCUGGACAAGCUGGAGAGGCUGAUUCCAUCCGGCGCGCUGCUGCUGAGCCCGGACUCUGAGGACGAGGGCUCGGUCUCCUCCCAGAGGGUCAGCACCUUCAGGCCCCGGCCAUACAGCAUGGUCAACCCGGACACCAACCAGCAGACUGCUGCUAAAGUGGUCAACAGACAACAGAUGGACAGAGUAAAAGUAGAAGAUCUCAUCUGAGUUUGCCUCACCACCUCCCUCACCAACCAGGACCAACCCCUUCGCUCACAUCCGCCUCAGGAAGACGGUGACCAACGACCGCUCGGCACCGGUCAUUGAGUAGGGGACGACGUGUCUGUUGAAGCAUCAGCUUGCUGGGCUUUGGAAACCGACAUAAAGUCCUAAAGCAAUGACACACUAAAUGCUUGUUUGGUGACUUGGGUGCCUUUAGGUGUGCUAACAGCUUCUCACUCUACAGUCCAAUACUGGCAGUGUCUAUGUUAGAGAGGAAAGAAAAAAAAAACAAGUUUUAGGUGAUGAUUUUCAUCAAAACUUUGCUAAGUUUUUUAAAAAAGUUACUUUCUUUCCUAACAUUCGGUGGAUAUUUAAAAUUCCCUCAAAAAAAAAAGAAAAUCAAUGAAAAUACAUUAUGGAAUAGCUAUUAGGGACCACCAUGUUUUAUAGUGGUUAACAAUAUUUGCUAAUAUACUCAUAAUGUCUCCAUUUUAAUAUCAACUUUCACACUGGAAUGUGCCAUAGAUAUGUCAUUAUGUUGACCUAAGCUUACUUUAGUAUGGCUGUUUCAUUAACGUGGUCGUUUCCAUGGAGGAGUAGCUUAUAGACAGGCAUUGUGCAUGGAUUUGCAGCCUCUUCACCCUGUAAACGGGGACCAGGUUCUGAGUAGAGCACUGAAUAGUCUGUCAGACUGUAGAGUAUGUGCAUAGCAUAGCAUUAACGCUGGUGGACUGUUGAAAGUGAAUAUAUAUAUAUAUAUACUGUAUGUGUGUGUGUUUUUGCUUUGUGCCACUUCCAUACCUGAGGCUUGUGAAGUGUUGCAUAUGAAAUUUACUUGUCUUGAUAAUGUCCACUUUUUAAACAUAUAGCUCAUAAUGGGUAAAUGAUUAAUAUAAACCCUAUAAUCUUGGUUUAAAUGUAGCGUAUAUCUUUUGCUAAGGAGGACAGCAAUGGAGAUAGCAGUUGAAAUUGUAUAGCAGUCGUCAUAACCACAAAGUAUUACUGCAUAAUACAUUUACAUCUUAAUUAUGUUCUUUGAUAUGUUUCAGCAUCAGGCGCCUAUAUUAGUUUUUUUUUUCUUUUUAAACACAUAGGGAUCUGGCUUUUGGUUUAUAGGCUAAUUUAUAGGCAAAUAAUAUCUGCUAAUUUUUUCAUGCCUUUAUCUAUUGAUUUUAAGUUCAGCAAUCAUGAUUAUUUGAACUAUUAGGUAGACAAGACAAAAUGGUUAAUGUGUGAAAAGUGGCCAACGCAAUUUUAAAAUUAAAUAUUGUCUUGUAUGGUUGAGGUACUGAGUAGCAAAAGAAGUGAGUUGAUGGAUGUGGAAAGAGGCAGUUUUAUCUGACUGGAAAGGGUUGUUUGGACAUUUAAAUGUCUGUGGUGAUGUAAAUGAAAGCAAGAAUUAAGAUGGAUAUCACCGAUAGUCUUUAUGUUUUCCCCCACUGUCUCUGUAGUUGAAACUUAGCUUGUUUCCAGAUCACCAUCAUAAGUCAGACCUGAUGGGUUUACAUCAACUGUGUGGACUGAAAAGAAACUACAGACCAUAUUCCAUCUUCUGAUGUACACCUGUAUAAUGUGGGUGGCUAUCUGAAGGUAGACCUUGGUCAAAAGCUAGGGGCAAGAAGGCUAAGGCUGGAGCUGGAGCUGUGGCGUGUCAAAUGGAAUGGAAAGUGUGAAGUGUUCUGGAAUGUUGAAAAGUGUAGGAGUAAGUGUCUAAGGCUAAGUAGUGUUUAGAUUAGAUUCCUUCGUUGAUAUUUAGCCACUUUGUGUCGCAUUCACCCUUCAUUAUCAGUGGUUUCCUCUCCUGUCCCAUCAAGGGAAGCUGUGUAAGAUUCACAAGUGAGACUAAUGAACUGUUUAACAGUGUAUUGUACAAGGCUUCUCAGCAGGUUAAGAGUUUAUGUGAGUGAAAUUUACAAUCUGUCCCCUUGAUUUUGAAAGAGCAUCUGCUGAGACUUAUAUAUGUACAGUUUAUUCCCCAUUUUCUUUUGGAUGGGCAUCCACUGUGAGUAUGUUGCUAAUAGGUCAUUUUUUGCAAAAUGCAUAAGGAAGUAAGACAACAAAUGUUUUAACAUUAGGCUUGUUGUGCAUUGAAACUGAUCUAACACUAUUACGCAGACAUGAUGACAUUAUUAAAACUGAUACUGUAACUGAUCAUUUUGCCUUGAGAGUCAACAUCCGUCAUCAAUAUAACUAGAAGUAUCAGAGCUAGAACCAACCUUUCAUUGCCUCUGUUGUGAAAUGCAUUGCAUGCUGUGUUUAUGCCAACUGCCAAGAUAUUGAUUUGGACAAAGACAACUUUUAUCAUGCACUGUGUUGUCAAGGUCAAUAGAUUUGUUUUCUAUUGUUUUCCGUCUUUCAACUUGAACAGUUGACAUUUCUCGAGGAUAGUUUACAUUAUGGGCUAAAUUGCUAACAGGGCAUUUAAUUAAAAUGAGCAUUACAAAGAAACAUUGGCUUGUUUUAACUGGGCUCAUCCUUUUAAGCCUCCACUUUAUAAAGGAAAUCCUGAGCUGCGGAUUCAAAGGAAAUCUACCAAGGAAGAAUCUAAAACUUCAUGGGUAGUUUGUCAGACAGCUGUACUACCAUUAAAUCACACCCAACGUCACUCAUAGGAUGCUGAUAUCCGAUCAGCAGAGAAAAUACGCAAAAUCAAACUAUUCAUCAGUUUACCUGUUUUCCCCAAGAUGUACUGUAUGGGUGGAAGUUGAAAGUCUGUGCUUUGCCUAUCUUAAAAUUUAUAACAUCAUUACCCCAUUUCCAUAAUAAUACUGCCUCAAAGUAGUGCAAGGAUGACAUUUCUUUUUUCCUCUGGCAUUGUCUGAGAUACCUAUUUGCAUUUUUUUGUGAAGACCCAGCUCUGUCUGGGUAGAGUCCUGUAUGCUGGAUUUGUUUCCAUGUCAGAUGGAGAUUGCAGAGUUUUAGCACGGUAUGAACUUCAUGCUCCUAUUUUACUAAAGGUAUGGCAACAAAAAAAUGGUCAUAAAAAAAUACACCCUGAACAUUUUGUCAUGCAGACCUUUCAACUUACAAAAGAAAUGCACCAUUUAAGUUCAUGAAUUUAGAGUUAAAAUUUUGCAACAGCAAACCUUUAGUAAAUCCGAACCUGAACUUCUCCAUUGUAACUUUCAAAUCUCCUGUCUCAAUGUAUAGGAGACUUUUGGAAGAAAAAACAAUUCUGUAUGUGAAUCUAUACAUUGACUUCUAGAGCACAGACCUGUGUUAUGUCCUGCACUUGGUCACACAGAUACUAUGAAUACUCUAACCAAGAGUCAGACACAGAACUGUUCUAUUGCAUCAUUUAUGUACGUUACUGUAUGUUUUUAAAGAUGAACUCAAAUAAAGUAUGUUAAUCGUUA